AUGGCAUCGGCAAAUCUGGAUUCUGAAGCCGCCUUUGUGGACCGGGCCAGGAAAAUUGGCCUGACCGAGGACACAUUGCAAGGCCUUUUGGACAACAGCUACAACACCUUUGGGCGGCUGGCUUUUGCAGUGUCGGCUACUCCUACGACUUUGACCGAUGAGGCAGUGGAUGCGUGGAUUGAUGGUUUGGGCAUGCGACCUUCAGGGUUUCAGAAGGCGAGCCUCCGAAGGCUCCUUUUCGAAGGAGUCAGCAUGGCGAUUGAGGAGGUCCGUGCCCGUGUUGAACCCAGUUUGGAAGGACACCCAAAAAAGUUAGCAGCGGCUGAACGCUUGGAUCGCCAGGCGAAGCAGGAGAGGUCGCUUGGGGGUUUGGUCUUCACUCCUGAGACUAGGCCUGCUAAUGCUUGUGUGGACCUCUGCGUUGAAAUGCUUGAAACUGGAGUUCUUCAGUACCAUCCCAGCAAGUGGAUAAGCCGUGCGCAGGAAGCGCAGUGCCUUAAGCGUGAUAGCAGCAUCAACAUAGAUGCCGAUAACAACUUGAAGAUUGCCACAAAGUCUGCAGAUCUUUGGUGCGAUGUGUCGUCAGAGAUGCGAUUGAGGCAAGCUUGGGGCCGAAGGUCGUUAGCCUUCGAUCUUGCAAAUUUGGCAAGUUUCAGGGUCAUGGAGGAGCACGUUCAGUUCUUGUUCUCUGUGCUACAGCGUGUGCAGCCCAAGGGAUUCCAGGGUGUCCAAUUAUCUCAAAUCAUUGAGGCCGACAAGCAAAUGUUCGUUCUUGCGAGCAACAAUUUGAUGGGGCGUUUGACGGCCUCUCCAGGAGCUGCGCCGGCAUUAGAUGCCGAGAUUGCUAGGCUGUCACGCAGCCCGGAGUUGAUGCAGUAUCUUGCUCCCUUGCAGGUGCCACAGGCUCGUUUGAAGAAGCCUGAGCAAAUUGCCAAUGAUGAUCUUUUGACUUUGGUUGACUUGUUGCCUCGCAAGGGCAUUCAACGAGGGCCAAGGGAGGUGCAGCAAUCUUUCAUCACAGGAUGCUAUGCUCAGGGGGGCUUUCGUGGCUUGCGCCAUGAGUGCUCCACUUUUCCUUUUGCAUGCCGUAUCAUGACCCGCUACAUGAGAGAGCGUCUUCCAGGUCAUGUUUUCUCCACAUGUGGCAUUUUCAUUGACGGCUGUACGCCGUUACAUAAAGACACUCGAAACGCACAGUGGCCGAAUGCAAUUUUCCGAUUGAGCGAUUUCCAGAAAGGAGGUUUGUGGAUUGAGGGGUCAGGUGAUGAUGUUCGCGAGCUGAACGGACAAGAGUUGACAGGUUCAAUUGAUGCAUUGCGUCUUGAGGCUGCGAACAAGUUGUAUGCAUUGACCUACCGCAUUUUGCGGAAAUGCAUUGAAGAUGAUGUCGUCGUGAGUCUUGAAAAUCCUGUCAACAGCUAUCUCUGGGACGUUUUACGAGCCUUUGAGCCAGGCGAGCCCAAGCUUCAUGUUCUUCCAAAGCUCACGCCUGUGAUAUUCGACUUGUGUUGUCAUGGCGGUGCGCGCCCCAAACGCACUCAACUGUUGUGCACUGCCGCUUGCUUUGAUCGAUUGCAUGCUUUGUGCCAGAAUGACCAUCCCCAUAAGCCCUGGGGUCAGAUUGUUGAGUGCGGAACAGUGCGAUAUGCAACCAAAGAUGAGGCGGCCUACCCUCAAUUGUUCGCUGCUCGCUAUGCCGCCUGUUUGGCCGAUCAUGCCUUGGCUGCAGGUUACAACUUGAUGCCCCAGCCACGUGUCAAAGAUUUGUCGCUGGCCAUGCUCGGCCAACAAACCAAGCGCCAUGCACCUUUGGUUUCGGAAUACAAACAAGUCUUACGUAUGCCAGCCGCUUCUUUCACUCCACAGCCACACUUGAAGCUCUUGCGCAAUCCCAUCGGGGGUGGCAACGUGCGAGCUUCUGAUUUGGCUAGGGCCCAACCUUUGUUGAGUAACACCCCUCCGGGAGGGACCAUCCCGGAGGCCCCAGGUAGGGGUGACGUAGAGAUGAAGGUGGGAGUCUAUAGGACACCCGGUGAGUUUGUUGAGGAGGCCAAGAAAGUGAAUCACCCAGUAGAUUCUUCAAACCCGUUAGAAAAGGUUACAUUGCAAGCGCUGCAGGAAAAUCUUUUGAAGGACCCCAAACUCAUUUCCUUAAGGCGCAACUUGGCGAUUGCAAAGGUGAAACAGGAGGUCCACAGAUUGCGUGAUGCAGAAGAGAAGCUUCACAAUUCUAUGGACCCGUCAGUUGCUAAGGUGAUGAAGGGCAAGUCGAUCCUUGCCUUUGAAGCUUUGUUGAAGUCUGAGGGUUAUGAUGAUAUGGGUGUGAUUUCUUUCUUGAAGGAGGAAGUGCGCUUGGUAGGAACGUCGGAGUGCCCUGCUUGUUACGAUUACAAGUUUGUUCCUGCUUGGCUCUCGGAAGAUGAGCUGUUCGAAACUGCAGCUGCCCGCAGGGAUGCAUUGCUAAGCAAGUUUGAAAGGGUUGACCCUGAGGAGGCAAAAAUCUUGAAGGAUGCAACCGACAACGAAGUCGCCUUGGGUGCAGACCAAAAGCCUCGCCCCAUCGACAACUGCUUGGAGUCGCAGCUUAACGCGGGGUAUAGUGCAAGCAUUCACCUUAGGCUUCAAGACUCGGAUUACAUAGCUUCAAUGGCCCUCCAUGUGGCCAAAGAGAUCCAAGGUGGGCGAGUCCACCCAGCUGCCAAGCUGUGGAAGGGGAAGUGCUUGGAUUUGAGCAAGGCUUACAAGCAGCUAGCGGUACACCCUGACCAUAGAUCGCUGGCAGUAAUUGCAGUGCGUGAAUCCGAAGGGCGCGACGCGCUCUACUUGUCAAACUCCCUAAUGUUUGGCAGCACGGCCGCAGUUUACGCCUUUAACCGGGUUUCCAGGGCGCUUUGGUACUUGGUUAAUCGUCUUUUGUGUCUGCCUAGUGGCGUCUUCUACGACGACUUCCCGCUGCUGUGCCCGGCGGGCAGUGCCAACAACGCCGAUGAAUCGGCCAGCGCCUUGCUGGACUUGUUGGGGUGGGCACAUGCCAAGACAGGUGCCAAGGGCAGGCCGUUUGCUGAGCAGUUUGAGGUUUUGGGCAUGAGCCUAAACUUGGAGAACGUUUCGCAAGGCGAGGUUUCCUUGUCCAACAAACAGGGUCGGAUUGAACGCAUCAUUGACCGUCUUCAAGAGAUCAGCUUGAAAGGGGAGAUCAAGAGACACGAUGCGCAAGUACUCCAAGGGUUGCUACAGUAUGCAUCGGGGUUCUACGCUGGACGUUCCCUGAAGCACGCUUCGCACAUCCUUGCGAGGCACGAGAACACCCGAAUAUUGUCUUGCACCAUGAUCACGGACAUAAUUCACUUGUUCACUGAUGGCGCUUGGGAAAGAGGGGUGGCGGGCAUAG